AGAAGUUAAACGAAAUUUAGGUUGAACCGUUUGAUUGCUUAUUGUUUCUCUAUCAAAUGGUUCUUUAUUUUGUUUCUUAGAAUUUCACACCCAUUCUUCCUCCUUUGCUUCAAAUUCCGGUCGUCAUAAUGGUUGAAUGCCCAAUUUGUAAGAAGCAAGUCCAAUCCCCGAAGAUCAACGAACAUAUCGAUCAAAGAUGCGAAACUUUUAUUAUUGAUCCCUCGACAAUCUCUUCGUCUCCUCACAUGUCCUCCACUCAGGGACCUAGUGUUGUAUCGGCAUCGCAGAAACGGCCUGCCUCGAGUUUCUUCCAAACCCCCACUGCCAAACGCCAACAAUCAACACCUGCCAAGGUCGUCACACCCUUAGUCAACGGAAAUGGAGGAGCAGCGAAACUAAACGGAGGCCUCAAACGCUCAUUCGACGAAGGUCCCGGCGAGGAAUCAUCUAUGCAAAAUGGAGGCAGUAGGGUAGAUGACACAGCGCCCCCAGAGACCGGUCGGAUAUUAAAGAGGACGAAGACCAAUCGAGCAGCCCCUUUGGCUGAGCGCAUGCGACCUCAAAAUUUUGACGAUGUCUUCGGACAAGAACUUGUCGGCCCCCAUGGUGUUCUGCGAUCCCUAAUCGAAUCCGAUCGAGUGCCAUCUAUGAUAUUAUGGGGUGCCUCGGGCACCGGCAAAACCACCAUCGCACGCUGCAUCGCAAGUAUGGUUGGCUCACGGUUUAUCGAGAUGAACGCAACAAGCUCUGGGGUGGGAGAAUGCAAGAAGAUAUUCAACGACGCGGCAAACGAGCUGGCGCUAACAGGACGGAAAACAAUAAUAUUCUGCGACGAGAUACACCGCUUCUCCAAGUCCCAGCAAGAUGUGUUUCUCAAACCUGUUGAAGCAGGCACUAUUACACUCAUCGGUGCAACAACCGAAAACCCAAGCUUUAAGAUCGUCAACGCUCUGUUAUCCAGAUGUCGAACCUUCACUUUGCAGAAACUAACAACCACCGACGUUCAGCGCGUAUUAAUGCGAGCAUUACAAACCGAACUCUCCACCACGUCAUCGCCACCGUCCUCUCUCCUCGAUGAAGAAUUAAUAACCUACCUCGCCAACUUCGCCGACGGCGACGCACGAACAGCACUCAACCUAUUAGAACUAGCACUGUCCUUAUCAAAUAAAGAAGGAAUGACAAAAGAGGGUAUGAAGGCAUCCUUGACGAAAACCUUGGUCUAUGACCGAGCUGGCGAUCAACAUUACGACACAAUUUCCGCUUUUCACAAAUCAGUUCGAGGCUCUGAUCCAGAUGCAGCGCUUUACUAUCUAGCCCGCAUGCUCCAGUCUGGAGAGGAUCCGCUAUUUAUAGCGAGACGCAUGGUUGUAAUCGCGUCGGAAGAUGUCGGACUAGCGGAUAGCUCACUUCUCUCUCUGGCAACAUCAACCUACACCGCAACUCAGCAAAUCGGCAUGCCAGAGGCCCGCAUACCUCUGGCCCACUGCACAGUAGCACUUACACUCGCACCGAAGAGCACACGUGCCUACAGAGGGCUAAAUAACGCCUUCGCCGCUCUGAAAGAACCGGGUGUAGCGGCAUUGCCUGUUCCGGUUCAUCUACGAAAUGCGCCGACGAGGCUCAUGCGAGAGCUCGGGUACGGAAAAGAGUACAAGUACAAUCCUAAUUACAAGGACGGCAAGGUGAAACAGGACUACCUCCCGGACGCACUACUUGGACGCACGUUUCUGGAGGACCGAGACUUGGGUACUGAGUUUGAUCCCGACUUGGUCAUGGAGGACGCCUGAUUAUGGGGCAAGCACGGCAAGAAUUACAUACUAGGGUUUUACUAUAAAUUCUCGAGCCUAUUGUACAUUAAGCAUUCUGGAUAUGGCCGGCGCGGAUUGUACUAUUACUGAGAUUAGAAGGAUACCCC